AAGGAACCAGAAGAAGAAAAUCAUUGGUGCGAAAAGCUACCAUCGGCAGCUGUCACUGGGAAGCCAUUAAACUCCUGGCAAAGAGACCGGUAGCUUAUCAGCUACCAUCAUUCCCACCAACUCCUCAUUCUUGCAACUUCGAUUUUACUUUAUAGUGCUCUCCAUUGUUGAUAAGAAGAUGAGCUUUGACAGCAACAGCCCAACAACAGACUUGAAAAGUAUCAAUAUUGUCAAGCACGGUAAGAGAACACAGCAACUUUCACAUAAUCAAAGUAACAUAUGCCAACAAUGUCUCUUUUCUAUCAAAGUAAAAUAAAUAUUUUUCUAAAUUUUAUUUGUUCUCAGACCCAAGUGAGGCCAGCAUGUUUUUCUGCUUCACUAAAGAAGUUUCUCAAUUUGGAGUUCUGGACCAAGUUGAGGCACCAGAGGAUCGACAUGGUGUCAAGCAAAUGUUGAUGAUCAAAGAAGAAUCCCCUGAAGACCACAAACCUUGUGUUGACCUACAUGAUCCAAAGCUGAUGGUAAAAGAAGAAUCUAAUGUAGACCAUAUACCUUGGGCUAACCCACAUGACCUACAUCUAAUGGUUAAAGAAGAAUCCUCUGAAGACCACAAACCUUGUGCUGACCCUUAUAACCUGAAUGUGAUGGUAAAAGAAGAAUCUUCUGAAGACCAAAGACCGUGUGCUGAACAUCAUGACUUCAAUCUGAUGGUUAAAGAAGAAGCUCAUGAAAACGACACACCUUCUGCUGACCAUCAUGACCUAAACCCGGUAGUUAAAAAAGAAUCUCAAGAAGACCACAGACUUAGUGCUGAGCAUCAUGACGUCAAUCUGAUGGUUAAAGCAGAACCUCCUGAAGACCACACACUUUGUGUGAGCCUACAUGACCAAAAGCCCCCUGACAUUAAGGAGGAACGGGAGGCAGUCUGCCCCCGCCUUGAAGGAGAACAGCCCGAUUUGAAGGAGGAGUUUGCUGAACAAUCCGAUCCCAAUUGCUGCCUUCAGAAAGACAUGACUAAUUCAGAAAUUGGGUCUUCAAGCUAUCUGGAUAACGAGACAUGUUUCACAGAGGAUAACAAUGCAGACUUGCAAAAAAAAGACCAAACAGAGGCGAAGUUUAGCUGCGAAGAUUGUGGUAAAACUUUCGCUGUAAAACACUAUUUAAACAUUCAUAGGAAAAUCCACACUGGACAGAAACGUUGCUUCUGUGACAUAUGUGGACACAGCUUCAGCCUGAAAGGAAAUUUAAGCAAACACAAGAGAAUCCACACAGGACUGAAACCUUUCUGUUGUGACAUAUGUGGGCAAAGGUUUACACAAAAAGCAAGUUUAAACAGACAUGAGGUAAUCCACACAGGACAGAAGUCUUUCUCUUGUGAACUAUGUGGGCAAGGAUUUAACCAGAAGGAAUAUUUGAACAAACACAUGAAAAUCCACACAGGGGAGAAACCUUUCUGUUGUGAUUUAUGCGGGAAAAGAUUUAGCCUGAAAGGGAAUUUUAACAAACAUGUGAGAAUCCAUGCACGGAAGAAAUCUUUCUGUUGUGAUAUGUGUGGAGAAAUAUUUACUUUAAAAUCAGCUUUGAACAAACACAUGAGAGUCCACACAAGAAAGAGACCGUUCCCUUGUGAGCUAUGUGGACAAAGAUUUAGACUACAGGAAGACUUAGAAACACACAUGAGAAUCCAUGCAGGACUGAAACCUUUUAGCUGUGAUCAGUGUGGACAAAGAUUUACCCAAAAACCCAAUUUAAACACACACAUGAAAAUUCACACAGGACAGAAACCUUUUGGUUGCGAUUUAUGUGGAAAAAGAUUUACUCAGAAAACUAAUUUAAACUCUCAUAUAACAAUCCACACAGGGCAGAAACCUUUUUGUUGUGAU